AUGUCUUCCCCUUCUCCGAUAAAGGCUGCUCCUCAUAUCCAACAGCUCCUUUCGCAGCUACAUGAAAUAUCUCUCGAGCAAGAAGCCGACGUCUCGAAAACAGGGAAGGUCUUUUCGUCGGAUAUCCUCGGUGAGCUCGAGGACAAACAGUCUAAGAGUAAUCCAAAGGAUGACUUCGACCGCCUGAUGCUCGACAAAUUCAUUGCUCUGGACGAGGAUAAGUGCCAGCUCACAUAUCAACUGAUCAACGCCAUGGGCGCCACCAAUAUCGUCGAGGCAGGGACGAGUUUCGGCGUCAGCACCAUCUAUCUAGCCCUAGCUGUUGCCAGGACUACAGCUGCUACUGGUAAACCGGGUGCUGUAAUUGCGACUGAAAAGGAGAGUGAAAAGGCAGCGAUUGCGAGGAAGUACUGGGCACAGUGUGGGCUCGAGGUUGAGCGGCAUAUUGAAUUGAGAGAGGGCGAUCUGCUGCAAACUCUCAAGGAUGGGUUACCGGAGGUUGAUCUUCUCCUGCUGGAUAUCUGGUCUGCACUGUCGCUGCCCACGCUCAAGACUGUUCUGCCGCGCCUUCGACCAGGAGCUGUUGUGCUUACUGACAACACAAUCUCCGGAGCCAAAGGUUACGCAGAUCUCCUGUCUUAUUUGCGAGAACCUGAGAAUGGAUUCCAGAAUAUGACUCUUCCGUUUACUAAUGGGUUUGAGAUGAGUGUUUACAGACCAGGUGACCGGAGAUAG